AACUCCUCCCUCACCAUUUUGCCCUGCCUCUGAUUUUUUUAAUCUGCUGGGGUUUUUUUUUUGCCGUCGAGCAGAUUUAGAAGCAGCGAACAUUUCGUCUGCCUCCCUCUUGUUUUUCCCCCACUCCUCCGCGGCGGCGAUAACACACAUUUUCUACUUGGCUAGCUUUUAUUAUUUGUAGCUCACAACAACGGCGCUGUUCCUCUGCUAUUCUCCCCACUCACUCACUCACUCACUCACCGCUGACUGUUCAUGUCACACAGACGAGCCUCACGAAGAAGAAAAUAACCACAGUAACUGUCAAAACGACGUUAUUCCAGAAGAAGACGUUUGAAUGUGAUCGCCUGGACUACGAGCAGCUCUAGACAAGCAAGACAACCAAGCAAGGACAUGCAGAGAAGAGGUCAGUGAGGAGGAUGACAAGAGAAGAAUAAAGGACAGUGAAGGAGGGAUGAGAAAGAGACUGAAGUAAGAGGAGGAAGUGGAACUCUGAAGUGCCUACUGCAAGGGGCUGUGUGCUUGUGUCUGACUUUACCGGAGCAGGACGUGGCUCAGUGUGUGUUUGGCCUUGAACUGAGGCUAUAUGUUAUCCUGACAGCCACAAAGUCAUCCAUCCCAUGUUGCUGAGCUACAGUCCCCACGUACCGUGAGCUGAGUCGCCGCCUCAUCUCAUCAGCGUGAGGAAACCAUCCCUAUUGGCCUCUGCUCUUUUUGUUCUUCAGAGUUCUUCGUUUUCAAGCCGUUUAAGCAUAUCUAGCUCUGUAGAGACUGCGACAGCCUUGGCCAUGUUGACAUGAAUAUAAUAGUGACUUACAGUGGGCGUCUUUUGAUUUAGAUGAAGGCGCAGAUGCUCAUUGACAUAUCCAAGCAUUCCAGAGUGAUGUCUUCAGAGUAGUUUCUGUUUUUCUCCCAUUUUUUUUUCUUUUUUUGAGACAGAGCUGGCCUCUGCUCAAGGCCAAGGCCCUCUAUCUCACAGCAGAGAAACCUCAGCUGCCACAUUUCCCAGGAAAAACUAAUAAACCUCCCCCAAAAUAAACUGAUCGGGAGGACUCGUUGCCUGUUUGCGCUGAGGACAAACUAUUUUAGCUUCUUUUUCCUCCCUGUUUUGGUGAGGAUUUUUUCUCUCUUGCAUCACUAUUAGUCACCCUUGCACUCACCAGACAGUUUUCCAUCUGUCUGCCCCCACCACUGUUCCCUGUUAUAUCUCUGAUGGCUGUCAGCAUGACCAUGGGACGUGACACCAAAUGGCUGACCUUGGAAGUGUGUCGUGAGUUUCAGAGAGGUACCUGCUCAAGGUCUGAUGCUGAGUGCAAGUUUGCCCAUCCGUCCCGGAGCUGCCAUGUGGAGAACGGCCGAGUCAUCGCCUGCUUUGACUCGCUGAAGGGCCGCUGCACACGUGAGAACUGUAAAUACCUGCACCCACCUCCACACCUGAAAACCCAGCUGGAGAUUAACGGGAGGAACAACCUGAUCCAGCAGAAGGCGGCAGCAGCCAUGUUGGCUCAACAGAUGCAGUUCAUGUUGCCAGGAACACAGCUGCAGCCCAUAACCACAUUCCCAGUGACGCCCUCCUUGGCAACGAGUCCCAGUAUGGCGUUUAGCCCCUAUCUGAGCCACAUGGGCCCAGCCAUGGGCUUGAUGCCUGAGCUGCUGCCCAAUACUCCCCUUCUGGUUCCUGGGAGUCCAACUGGCUUGGCAGCCAUGGGCAACGGCACCUCUGCACAAAAACAUGUGCGCACAGACAAGCUGGAGGUUUGUCGGGAAUUUCAACGCGGUAACUGCACGCGGGGAGAGAGCGACUGCCGCUACGCUCACCCCCUAGAGGCCGGCAUGGUGGACUGCAGCGAAAACUCAGUCAUUGUCUGCAUGGACUACAUCAAGGGCCGCUGCAGCCGAGACAAGUGCAAGUACUUCCAUCCCCCUGCUCACCUGCAGGCCAGGAUCAAGGCUGCACAGCACCAAGCCAGUCAAAACGCGAUUAACAACACAGGCCUGUUUCCCCCUUCUUUCCUCUGGUUCUCUCUCGACCAGGCUUUGCCACAAGGAGUCAUGCAGCCACUACCAAAGAGGCAAAUCUUAGAGAAGAGCAAUGGAGCUGCGUCCGCCGUUUUCAACCACAGCAUGUUCCACUACCAGCAAGCUCUGGCCAACAUGCAGCUGCAGCAACCAACCUUUAUCCCCACUGUAGAGCCCUCAGAGCUAUUGACUUCUGAUCCAGUGGAGCUCCAGUGCGUUCCCAUGGAAACCCAUUUCUGUCCCGUCCCCAAACUGCUAGUGGCGGCGCCAGUGGCACUUAACUCAGUAAGCCUUUCCAGAAACACUAGUUAAAGUCCCUGACACAUGUGCAGCAGCAGGGCGGCCAUCUUUCUGAAUGCAGCAGACAUGUUCCUCACAUACACCGCACACUGACUGAGUGGCAGUGUGAAAACGUCACAGAUUAACGACGUAGGAAAGCUGCGGUGACAAAUACAGGACUGGAUGUACUAUUCUUGCUUUACGGCAGCCAUUUUGAUGGAUACUGACUUGAUCAGGCUGAGCAGUAGAGCUCCCUCGUUCUUACAGCCAUACAUACCCAUACCUUAAAGGUGCAGCCGACGUAUGCACACACAAACACACACACAAAUAUUCAUGUGUAGGAUUAAAAGCCCUAUAUGGGUUGGAGCCAUCACAUGUGGCGACCCAACACAUUUGACUGUUCUAAAGUCAGACAUUGUGAAAAGUUAAUUCUGGAGAAUACAGAGCAUCAUCUGUGGACCUGCCGCUAGUCUACAACCAUUACAGUUCAUCAGAAAGGAUAAAAAAAAGUGUUUUAUGUCAUGUUUACGUUUCCAAGAUGGCCACAAAUGUGACACUCGUGUUAUACCAUUAUUCCGAUUGUUCUCAUGGUCUCUUCUUGCUCGAUGACACGACGUCAGUGAGUUGUCAUUGGUUUGUUUGUGCCUUUCAUUUAUCAGCUCAGCCGCAGAGGAGGAGACUUUAGUUUCCCUCAUAAGAACUCAAAACAACACUCAUUUAAAAUUAAAUAAAUAAAUAAAUAUGUUAUUUGCAAUUAAAGGCAAUAUUUGUUGUUACAAACA